AUGUCUUCUAAUAAUGACCAAGUUUGUAUCCCAAUGUCACAAAGAAGCACCAAUGACCUCUCCAGGAUGACCUCCAACGACCUGAAGACAUUUACUGAAGUAGCCAUGUUAAGUUUUCAUAACAUUUACUAUCGAGUAAAAGUGAAGAGUGCCUUUCUUCUUGGUCGAAAAACAGUUGAGAAAGAAAUACUAACAAAUAUCAAUGGUGUCAUGAGACCUGGCCUCAAUGCCAUUCUGGAACCCACAGGUGGAGGCAAAUCUUCACUGUUAGAUGUCUUAGCUGCAAGGAAAGAUCCUCAUGGAUUAUCUGGGGAUGUUUUGAUAAAUGGAGCACCUCGACCUGCCAAUUUCAAAUGUAAUUCAGGUUAUGUGGUACAAGAUGAUGUCGUGAUGGGAACAGUGAGAGAAAAUUUACAAUUCUCAGCAGCUCUUUGGCUUCCAACAACUAUGACGAGUCAUGAAAAAAAUGAGCGAAUUAAAAAGGUCAUUCAGCAAUUAGGUCUGGAUAAAGUGGCAGAUUCCAAGGUUGGAACUCAGUUUAUACAUGGCAUGUCUAGAGGAGAAAGAAAAAGAACUAGUAUCGGAAUGGAGCUUAUUACUGAUCCAGCCAUCUUGUUCCUGGAUGAGCCCACAACUGGCUUAGACUCAAGCACAGCAAAUGCUGUGCUUUUGCUCCUGAAGAGGAUGUCUGAACCGGGACAAGCAAUCAUCUUCUCCAUUCAUCAGCCUCGUUAUUCUAUCUUCAAGUUGUUUGAUAGCCUCGCCUUGUUGGCUGCAGGAAAACUGAUGUUCCAUGGGUCUGCCCAGGAGGCCUUGGGGUUCUUUGCAUCAGUGGGUUACCAUUGUGAGCCCUAUAAUAACCCUGCAGACUUCUUUCUGGAUGUCAUUAAUGGAGACUCCUCUGCUGUGGUAUUAAACAGAGAGGACCAAGAGGGUAAAGUCAAGGUGACUGAAGAGCCUUCCAAGAGAGGUACUCCACUCAUAGAAAGAAUAGCUGAGUUUUAUGCCAAUUCUGACUUCUGCAGAAAAACAAAAGAGGAGUCAGAUCAACUCUCAAAGAGUCAGAAAAGGAAGCGCUCAGCCUUUAAGGAGAUCAUAUAUGCCACCUCCUUCUGUCAGCAACUCAAAUGGAUUUCCAAGUGUUCAUUCAAAAAUUUACUGGGUAAUUCCCAGGCCUCUAUCGCUCAGAUAACUGUAACAGUCAUCCUGGGAUUGGUUUUAGGUGCCAUUUUCUAUGAUCUAAAAAAUGAUUCCACAGGAAUCCAGAAUAGAUCAGGGGUGCUCUUAUUCCUGAUGACCAACCAGUGUUUCAGCAGUGUGUCAGCUGUGGAGCUCCUUGUGGUUGAGAAGAAGCUCUUUAUACAUGAAUAUAUCAGUGGAUAUUACAGAGUGUCAUCUUAUUUCUUUGGAAAAGUGUUAUCUGAUUUACCACCCAUGAGGAUGUUACAAAGUAUUAUAUUUACUUGUAUAAUAUACUUCUUGUUAGGAUUGAAACCAGUUGUGGAGGCCUUCUUCGUCAUGAUGUUUACUCUUAUGAUGGUGGCUUAUUCAGCUAGUUCUAUGGCACUGGCCAUAGCAGCAGGCCAGGUGGUAUCCAUAGCAACUCUCCUCAUGACCAUCACCUUUGUGUUUAUGAUGCUAUUUUCAGGGCUGUUGGUAAAUCUCAGAACCAUUGGGCCUUGGCUCUCAUGGCUUCGGUACUUAAGCAUUCCUUGAUCUGGUUAUGCGGCUUUGCAGUAUAAUGAAUUUUUGGGACAAAACUUCUGCCCAGGAGUCAACGUAACAACGAACAAUACCUGUAGCUAUGCAAUAUAUUCUGGCAAAGGAUUUUUGCUAACCCAGGGCAUCGAGCUCUCCCCUUGGGGCCUGUGGAAGAAUCACGUAGCCUUGGGAUGCAUGAUUGUUAUCUUCCUUACAAUUGCCUACCUAAAAUUGUUAUUUCUUAAAAAAAUAUUCUUAAAUUCCUCUUUAAUUUACAUAAUUGAUUCACACAUUAAAAAGGGAGCAUCUUGA